UUGCGGUUGUUUCUUCGACUUGUUGUUUGUUGUUAUUAUCGGCGGUCUCUUGCGGUCUUUUACAAGUCGUGGCUCGAAACUCGACGGCUGGCCAACAGACAACUAAUUAGAUGCUGAAGUAUCUGAAGUGCGCGCGUGUGUUGUUUGGCGGGGUGUUGUGAGCGACUUUUGAUUGAAUCGAAAUACACGCCAUAAAAAAUUGAAAAUUAAUAAUUGCGUUAGGCACCACAAACCCAUAGAGCAAUCAAGUGUAAUUAAACCGACUACUGCUAUUAAUUACAUAUUGAAUUUUUGCAUUAAAUCUUGCGCAAGGUGUUGAAGUAUUUGCGCGCAUAAUUAAAAACCAUUUAAAAAAGGGCUAGACUUCAUUAAAAGUGUAGCUGGAAUUUGUGUACGAUCCUAGCCUUAAAAGGAUUACAGCGAUUACGUUGCCGUUUAUCUUCAUCAGUGAGAGUCAGUGGCAAAAUAUUUGCACACACACACACUCACACACACACACACGCAAACAUCAACGCUGCGACAACGACAAAUUGACGAGAAUUAUAAUUAAAACGAUAGCGGAUAUUUGAACUUUUUGGCAGCGUACGAGUUAUAAUUAUGAUGUCACUUCAGAUGCAGCAAACACGUCGCCGCCUUGGCUCGGUCAGUGAUUCAGCACCGCCCUCGGAGUCUAGCGAGGGCACAGCCUCAUCGGAGCACCAUGAGCUCAUGAUGAAUCCGGAGUGGUCGGCACACUCGCAUUCCUCGGCACAGCGUAGCAGCGCACACGGCACCACUUCGCUGUAUAAUGCCUCGGAUAUAGAUGCGGACACCAUCAGCACAGACACGACAAGCAACACAAAUUUGGCCGACUAUGAACGCGGUCAGGUGGAGAGCUUCUUCGGCGGCCUCGGCACCGAGAUAUUCGUGAGUGGAGCUCUGGCCAAUCUGUACGAGGGCACUGGCAACGAUGGGGACUGGCGUUUGGUUUUCACGGGCAUACCCGUCAUAUUGCAUGACAGGGGAAACUCACGGGCACGCGCCAUACCGCGUGUCACGCUGGUAUUGGCCGAGCGCGGCUCAUGCUUUGCCCUCUGGUCCGAUCGCAUCGACAACUUGUCCAAUUAUCGCAUUGCGGGUCCGUCCUUCCACACCAUGUGCCUGUCGACGAAUCAUCAGCAGAUGAUUGGCUUCAGCUUCGACUCCACCGAUGCGGCUCGUGAGCUGUGGCAGCAUGUGGAGCGUUUGGUCAGCGAUCCCGAGAACAUUGCGCUUUCGGCGCCCGGACGCAAGCAGAAGAAGCAGAAGCGCGUGAAGCCCGCCCCCCUGCCGCCCAAGUCCCAGAUAUCGCAUCCGUGCCAGUUCCAUCAUGUGACCAGUGUCGUGAAGGAGGACAGCGAGCGGUAUUACAGCAUGCAGGCCUUCGCACCGCCCCAUCAGCAGCAUCGUUGAGUAGGGUCGGGUGGUGCGUGGAUUUGGAACACGAGCGCCCUCUGGUGGCAGAGUUAGUCUGCCAGCCCUCUCACGCCCUCCGCCCUCCACCCUCACCCUAAGCAGCCACUAGCACUAGUUACUUGUUACGGGCCGGGCUCAAUGAAUACCGGAAUACCAGGCCAGUUAUAGAAUCAUGUGUGGACCCAGAGACGUCCACACCCCAUCUGUGAUACGAUUUUCGAUUUUCGUUCAAUUAAUUUUGACACGCUCGUAAGCGUCUCACAAUUUUAGAGCCAACAUUGGAAAAAUUGAAAAUCAACAAACAACAAAAAUAAAAAAAAACAUACGAGUAUAGUAUAUAUAUUUAAUUAAUAUGCGCAUAUUCAAUAAACUUAGCCACAUAGACAGACAACAGACAACAUAGACAACACGUGUCAAUAAGCAAGGGUUUUAUAACGUUUUCUAAUAUCGAAAAUUAUAUAGAUAUAUAAACGAUAAUACAUAUAUACAUGCAUACAUAUAUACCUAUAAAAUACGCGACAGUUAUAUAUACAUAUAUAUGUUUAAUUAUAGUGUAUUGUGUAUUCGCAUUUGCAUCAUUCGUAAUAUUUAGACAUUUUUAUACCUAAGCUCGUUUUCUUAUCAAAUUUUAACAAAUGUUUUUUAACUCUAAAUCACAAGAACUAUAUAUAUAUAGUAUGUAUAUGUAAUAUACACGAUAUGUGUACAGCUGAUUAUGGCUAUAUAUACACACAUAUGGCUCUAAGAAGUGCUAAACAUUACAACAUACCUAUGUACGUCUUAAUCAUAAAUUUGUAAGCAAGCAAUUCAAAUAAAGCCGAAAGAAAAAAACACAAA